GAAGGAGGGGGGGGGGGGGGGGUUGGUGAGCUUUGCAGCUUUUCGGGUUUCGGUGCCAUGGGGGAGGUGAAGCACCUGUGCUUGGUGAAGUUCAAGGAGGGCGUCGUGGUGGACGACGUGGUCGACGACAUGACCGAGCUCGUCUCGGAGAUGGACAUGGUGAAAUCAUUCGAGUGGGGGCAGGACGUGCUGAACCAGGAAAUGCUGACGCAGGGCUUCACCCACGUCUUCUCGCUGGCCUUCGCCUCCGCUGACGACCUGACGAGCUACAUGAGCCACGAGAGGCACGCCGCGUUCGCCGGCACGUUCAUGGCCGCACUCGAGAAGGUCCUCGUCAUCGACUUCCCCGUCGUCAUCGCCAAGCCACCGCCUCCGCUACCGCCGGCAUGAUCUAGCCCAGCAUCCGUGAAGGCAGGCGAAGCAUCUGCAUGCCGACCAUCGCAUGGUGCCUUUUCAGGCAGUAUAUCCAUCUAUAUGCAGUUGUGAUUGAUGUACCUCAGCCUCCUACAUUGCUUGUUCUGCUGUCCCUGGUACGUGUAGUUGUAAGCAGGGGCCAAGCUACAUGUUCCCACCCGAGUGCAAUUAAUUUCACCUACCGUGCACCAUUUACAUCUAAA